AUGGGAGCCGAGCUGAUCCAACACAACGAAGCCUUUCGCACUGCAUUCCGCAGGCUCGAUCAAACCCUCCAGACGCUACCUGACGCCCCGCAAUGGUCGUUGGAAAGCGAGAUUCUGAAGCCACUGGAAAGCAGCACCUUGUCUCGCGCGAUGAUCUCGCAACCAGCAAACACAGCCCUGCAAAUCGCCUUGGUCGAUAUGUGGGCUGCAUUCGGCGUUGGUCCUGCUGCUGUUAUCGGCCACUCAUCGGGUGAGAUUGCAGCCGCCUACGCUGCUAAACUGCUCUCUGCUGAGGAGGCCAUCACUGCCGCCUACUACCGGGGUCAGAUGAUGGAGGAAGUGACCGUGCCUGGUGCAAUGGCAGGCGUCGGCCUGAGCUGGAAAGACACUGAAUCGUUCCUGCAGCACGGCGCGGUCCUCGCGUGCGAAAAUUCUCCUACCAGCACCACCAUCUCAGGCGAUUUGGAAGCCGUGCAAAGCACCAUCCGCGCAAUCCACGAAGCCAACCCGAACACCAUGGCAAGGCAAUCCAAGGUCGACCGCGCUUAUCAUUCUCCGCACAUGAAGACUGUGGGCGGUCGCUACUACCAACUGAUCAAGGACCGUACCCUCGCCAAGCCCCUAAGGGACGAGGUACAAUUCUUCUCAAGCGUGUUGGGAAAGAAGAUUGACCUCCCAACCGACGCACAGUACUGGCAGAUGAAUCUGGAAUCCCCCGUCCGAUUCUAUACGGCCCUCGCCAGAAUGAUCGAAGCCAGGACUGGCCAGACCGAUGUCUUUCUCGAGGUUGGGCCUCAAGGCGCCCUAGCCUACCCUGUUCGACAAACUCUUGCCGAAGCAGGCAUCAAAGCCUCAUACAUCGCCUCACUGGCCAGGAAACAAGACGCUCUCGAAGCGGUACUCUCUGCAAUAGGCAAUCUGUACGCCAAUCACGUCCGGAUUGAUUGCACGCCCCUCUUUCCAGGCAGUCCCGAGCUUCUGACAGACUUGCCCGUGGACCGAUAG